AUGGAUCUCGACUUCCCCGGCCUCGACGCCGACUCCCGCAAAAAACGUCGCAACCGCACCACCCAGUCCUGCCUCAACUGCCAUACAUCCAAGCGCAAGUGCGACCGCAAGAGGCCCUGUUCGCGGUGCAUCCAGCUGGGGCUGACCGGCCUAUGCAUUUACGAAACCUCCGACCCCAACGAAAGGCGCGCACUGACAUCACCUCUGACCCUUGGCGCCCCUGACCAACCCUCUUGCAGGGAUGACCCCAACCUCCCAGAGGUGGAGCGUCUCAGAGGUCGCGUCGCCGAGCUCGAGAGCCUGGUCCGCGAACUGCGAGGUCAGGACGCGACGUUUAUUUUAAUUUACAGCAUCGUUCUCAACGUAUGGUCCUGCGGCAGGCAAACCCCACCCGCGGUGGGCCGAACAGCUGCGCGAAGUCGACUGCCCGUCGAAGCCAACGCGCUUCCCCAAGCUUUCGCCCAACGGCGUUCACAGGCAUAA